CGGGAUUAAGUAAAGGAUCGCAGUAAGUACGCGUCGGUUUCCACAAUCAAUCAAACUCUCAAACGCCUAAUCCCAUUUUCCGUUUUGCGUCUGCCUCUUCCUUCGCCGAACCAUCUUCAACUUUCUCUCUCUCAGCUUUUCUCUGUUUCAUAACUGAAGUGAGUCAACUAAGGAACAUGAGCAAUGAAAAUCAUCGCCAGCACCACCAUCGGUUUCAGCAUCAGAAGCUGCAUAUCCAGGAAAAAACCACAUUCCUGCCGAUGCUCUGUUCAAGGCCUUCAAUCAAAGAUGUGAGCCUUCCGAGGUGGAGGGAUCCGCCGGCGUCCGUCUCCGAUGACCCUUCGUCCCCUAGGAUCGGCUGCAUGGGCCAGGUCAAGAGGAACAACAAGAUAGUUGGGUUCCCUACUUCCCAUAGACUCACCAACACGUCCAUGUCCCCUGCUGCUAUUGGCAAGUACUCCAAGCUUAAAAGGCUCUUCUCCGGAAAAAGCUCGAGCGCCACUCCGGCCACCGUCACUGCUGCUUCUACUACCUGUGGAAGAAGGGUUCAAGUGAGUAAUGCUGAUAGGUUCAGGAAUGAGAACGAAGCUUCUGCAGCUUUGAGCAUUGAGAAUAUGGAUCCGCCAUUGCCGGUGAUCAAGAGGGUGCAGAGGAGCUCCGAAGAAGAAAGCCAGGCUGACAGUCUUUGGAAAAGGAGGUCUGGUGGCGUUGCAUUGAAAAGUCUGCAGCUUCAACAGAUUCAUCAUCCAAGGCUUCAUAUUCAACCUACCAGUGUUUGAUCACAGAAUCUUUGCACUCGAACUCUGAAAGGGAAGAUGGAUGAAAGCCUUCUUCCCCCUCCUUUUUUUCUUUCAUUCGGGAUUUCUCAUAUAACAUAAUGUAAAUGGCCAUGUCUUGUUUGAUUUUCUGGAGUACAUAAGAUGAUGGUGAUGAAGAAUCCAGGUCAAUACUGUUGAGUUCCAGCAAUGAAAGUAACUAAAAAGCUUAACUCUUGGGCUAAAAUCACAGAAACAAUUAGGCAUGAGAAGGAUCAGCUUUUCGAUGAAGACGCCACAGCAGCGGGAAAAUAGUCCCAUUUAGAAGCAAUUUUUUUAUUCAUAGCACUAUGAUCUGUCAGUUUGUUUGUUUAUCUUCUUUUUUUUUCGUUGUUUUUUUUUUUU